AUGCUGAUUGUCUCCUGCAGCAUUGAGGUGUCUCCUGCUGCUUCUCUGGAUAAGUUGAAGGAGAGUUGGAAACUGUACAUGGAGGAGUGUGUUCGCAACAACAGCCGAGACCCUCCAAGCACCGGCCUCGUGUGCAACAGGGAGUUUGACAAUUACGCCUGUUGGCCUGAUGGACUUCCCAACACCACCAUCAGUGUGUCGUGUCCGUGGUAUCUGCCGUGGCACCAUAAAGUUCAACGUGGCAUGGUGUAUCAGGAAUGUGAUGUAAAUGGCCAGUGGGUGACUGUGAAGAAUACCAGUGAGUGUGACUCGAAUGAUUCCAGUCAGGUAAGGAAUCAGUACUAUGGCCAUAUUCGGAUCAUGUACACAGUGGGCUAUUCCUUAUCACUGGUGGCUUUGGUGUUGGCACUUGGCAUCCUUAUAUUCUUCAGGAAACUGCACUGCAUGAGGAACAACAUCCACAUGAAUCUGUUUGCCUCCUUCAUCCUGCGAGCGCUGUCUAUCCUCAUCAAAGACGCUCUGUUGGAGGCCAACAUCCCAUCGCAGGACCUCAGCAGUGACCAAGAGCAGGGAUUCCCCCGGGCAUCGAUGCCUCCGGUGGAGCUGCUGGUCAACAAUGAGACAGUGGUUAGCUGUCGCAUCGCCAUGGUGAUGAUGCAGUACAGUAUCAUGGCCAACAGCUACUGGCUGCUGGUGGAAGGCAUCUACCUCCACAACCUCCUGGUCAUCACUGUGUUUACAGAGAGGAACUACUUCAAAAUCUACCUGUGCAUUGGCUGGGGUACCCCGUUAAUAUUCCUUGUGCCCUGGGUGAUAGCUAAAUACCUGUAUGAAAAUCAAGAGUGCUGGGAGCGAAAUAUAAACAUGAAUUACUGGUGGAUCAUCCGCUCCCCGAUUCUGGUGGCAGUUGUGAUCAACUUCCUUAUCUUUAUCCAUAUCAUUAAAAUUCUUGUUUCAAAACUUCGAGCGCACCAAAUGAGAUACACAGAUUACAAAUUCAGGUUGGCUAAGUCAACUCUAACCCUGAUCCCUCUGCUCGGCAUCCAUCCGGUGAUCUUUAUCUUUGUCACGGACGAGUCCACCAAGGCCACCAUCGGAUUGCGUCUCACCAAGCUCUUCUGUGACCUCUUCUUCUCCUCCUUCCAGGGUCUCUUGGUGGCCAUCUUGUACUGCUUUGUCAACAAAGAAGUGCAGUCGGAGAUCCUGAAGAAGUGGAAGCGCUGGAAGCUAGGGAGGAACAUCGAGGAGGAAUACCGCCACACCUACAGCAAUACCCCCAACACGAAGACAGCUAGCCUGUUGAACCACGUCUCUCGACUGCCUCAUCUCCCGGACAUCGCGAAAACCUCUUCCCCGGUCUGUAGCCCUGAGGAGACGCACAUGCUUGUGGCUGGAUGCCACAACGGUAUGGUCCACAGUAAGGGGGCAGACCAGUGUGCCUCCCCGCUUCACGAGGUAACCAUCAGCAACUGCACCCUACUGGAGGACAUCAACCUUACAGACAAGGUGCAGUGUUACGAGGGUCAGAGAGAGAACGUGGAGAGCCACCUGUGAAAGGAGUUGGGAAUAAGAACUUGAUAAAGAAACUUGGGAGGGCGUUGAGCUCUCAUCUGGCUCUGACAUACUGCCCUGGAUGGCUGUAAAGAGCGGAGUGCUCUUUGCCCAGAGAUUGGUGUCACUGGGAGACCGAGCGGUUGUAAGCCAGAGAACAGAGAACAAUACGGCAGACUCCCACACUGAGAUGUCUAA